AAAUCUAACUGCAACCUCUCAUUCGGCCCUGCGUGGGACUAUCGAGAUAUUGGCAAUCUGACCCCCAUCUCCGUGUCUUGACUCAAUCGACCUUUCAAGUUCUGUUCCCCCAAGGGCUAGAAUCUUUGAUAAAUAUUCGGCGUUCUGGAUGUCCUCCUCCUCACCUGGACAACUCCUUCGCACUCUCUCUCCCCUCUUUCGUUCGCUGGCCGGCCUAUGACGUUAUUUUGUCAGCUAUACAACAGCCCAGCUUCCAGCGAUCUUGGCAGCCCGAUCUUCCUCCCGAAUCCCAGCUAGCUUCCUUGAAGUUGGCGCGAACUAAGCGCGGCCUUCGGAUUGCAUCCUCCCAACGGCUUGGUGGAUCCGUUGUGGGUAAAGCGCUCGGCACAGUUCGGCAGACGUCUCGAUGACCUCCUCGAAGCUCGUCCGGCUGCUCGCGGCCGUGACUAGCUUGGCCCGGUUUUCUAUGGCUGAUUAUCCGGAGGUCACCAGCGAUCAAUGUGAUUGUUACCUUACAAAUGGGAGCAGUGGCCAUUAUUUCAGGACUCACCAGUUCUUCGAUUUUCGGGACAGGGAGGCCUCCGUCAACGUGCCGGCCCUCAUCGAUAGCUCUUCGGAUACCAGCGACGCGCCCCCCACCAACGAUUACUUGCGGUCUGAUGAGUGGACUCAAUUCUGGACCAUGCAGGGCUGGACCAACGCCCAAUCGCUGGGUAGUAAUGAGAGCGACGCGUCGGUUCUCAUGGUUCAGUCGCCCAACAACAUCUAUUUCCAGGACAACCGGGAUCCCGACGCCGAAUCGAAAACAUACUUGACCUUGAGGACGGCGCGCCAGAGGGAGUUCCAGUCGUCAGCCGAAUUUGUGUCGGUUACAGAGGACUAUCACUACCUUUCCGCUCGAAUGUAUGCGAGAACUAUCGGUGCACCAGGAGCAGUAACUGCCAUGUUCACUUAUCGGAAUACUGGGGACGACGCCACCGAACUCGAAACGGUACAAGAAUCCGACUUGGAGCUCCGGACUAUGGAUCCGCCCGGUUACGCCCAAUAUACAAACCAGCCCUCGUACACUCUUGACGGUCCUAACAUAAGCGAAGCGACCCGAAACGCGACGAUCCCGAGGCAGAAGCGCUGGUCGGACUGGGCAACUUACCGGAUGGACUGGGGCCCGGGAGCCACUACUUGGUUCAUCGACGGCGUGGAGACCGCCUCCAUAGCCUUUCAGGUGCCUCGGGAUCCAAGCAUGCUCAUCUUCAAUGCGUGGUCAAAUGGCGGAUCCUGGACCGGCAACAUGAGCGUAGGGUCAGAAGCAUACCUCCAGAUUCAGUGGAUCGAGCUCGUCUACAAUAGGAGCACCUCAGCAGCGCAGAGGAAGAGGGAAGAGAGUGGUUCGGGCGUCAACACUGCAUCCUUAUACUCUAAGGAGAAGAGAGCCGAGGAGGCAUGCCACAACGUUUGUAGUAUCGACGAGACGACGACGACGGGAACCGCAGUUCUCAUGCAGGGUGGCGCCUCCAGGGCGCUCGAACAAAUAGGGGGCGUCGGCGCCAUUUCUUUCUGGGUCACCAUGGUGUCUAUUAUUGCCUUGGCUCUUUAAUAGAGGGCGGGCAGACUUGGGGUUCCGGGGGGCGUCCACGUAUGUCGAUAGUACUCGUCUCAUUUAGACGCUGGACACGGAGUUAAUAUGCUAGUAGCCGGCGAAUGUGAAUCGGGUAUUUAGUGGUUACCCGAUCGCCAAAGAAAAAAAAGGAUUUCGCUUGCGAUGAUUAACACAGGUCUACUUCGAGACAUUUUCGGUAUAUAAUUGGGAUUGUCUGGAUGUAAGGUGAUACAUACUGCCGGGGGACAGAGUAGGCGAUAAUUAAAA